UUUAUAAUUAUUAAGCAUUUAAUAGUGCCUUUGAAAGUUACAGUAAGUGAGAAAACUGUAUUGAUCCAGUUUACAGCCUGAUGAGAACAGCUAUUUGUCAUCUGCAGAUGUAAUGACAGCUAGAUAGCUUCAAUAUGCUAACUAACUACAGUAAUGAGCAAAGUUGUUGGUAUGCAGUAAAAUUAACGUUAUAUUGGAGCACCUCCUGUCGGCUGUAAAACCGAGCAUUAGUGGGGUGAAUCUGCGCUCUUGUCUGACAAGUUACCUUGGCUUAGUUACAGACAUGCACCAACCAUCCCGGCGGGAUUAUGUAUCUAUAAACUUUGGACACAGAAGUGGGAGUUACAAUAACGGUAAACACUGGAGGAAGCAAUCCUGCUGGAGGAAGUGGAAGCAACUGUCUAGGCUGCAGCGGAGCCUCAUCCUAUUCAUCCUUGUCCUCCUGUUCAUUUGUCUAAUAGCUUCCUAUCCUACUGUUACUGAACACUUGAGAGGCCUUACAGAUGGACACCAAGACACAGACAGUAACAGUGCAAUGAAGCCCUUUAUUCCUCAAAUGCUACCUGAGCCUGUGAAACGGGGCCAACCACCAAUGCAAGAGCAACCCUCCCAGAGGAAAUUAUCCAAUAAGAGAAGACCACCUGUCCUGAAUCACCUUCAGAAGAAAGGAAACACUUCAGACACAGGGGCUGUAGACAAGGCAGCUGACAGCAUCAAGAAGAAAGGGAAGGAGCAGGGAGUCAUCAGCUGGCAUGGGGCUAUGAUUGAUAUUAACCACAACACAGAACGCACCAAGAAUGGAGAAAAUAAGGAGGGUUCACCUCCCAACCAGAAAGCCAAAUUCUCCAAAGAGUCAGAAGCUGUCCGGCUGGCAGCAGUGCAGGAAGCUUUCAGACAUGCUUGGAAGGGUUAUAAAGACUUUGCUUGGGGCCACGAUGAGCUUAAGCCCAUCUCCAAGUCAUACAGCGAGUGGUUUGGUCUGGGUUUGACACUUAUUGAUGCCCUAGAUACCAUGUGGAUUCUCAGUCUUAAAGAAGAAUUUGAGGAAGCAAAGGCAUGGGUGGCCGCUGAGCUCACGUUCAACAAGAAUGUUGAUGUCAACCUGUUUGAAACUACCAUCCGCAUCCUGGGAGGCCUGUUGAGCACCUAUCAUCUGACUGGAGACACACUGUUCUUAGACAAAGCUAAAGAUAUUGGCUCCAGGUUGAUGCCAGCCUUUAACACCCCGUCUAAGAUCCCCUACUCUGAUGUGAACAUUGGGAAAGGUACAGCACACCCCCCUCACUGGACCUCAGACAGCACUGUGGCAGAAGUUACAAGCAUCCAGCUGGAGUUCAGGGAGCUCAGCCGCCUCACCCAGAAACCACAGUACCAGGAUGCAGUGGCUGAGAUUAUGAAACAGAUUCAUAAGCUGGAUGGCAAGCUGGAUGGUCUUGUGCCCAUGUUCAUCAACACAAACAAUGGUCAGUUCACACAUCAGGGAAUCUACACGCUUGGAGCCAGAGCAGAUAGCUACUAUGAAUACCUGCUGAAGCAGUGGAUCCAGGGAGGCAAGAAAGAGGACCAACUCUUGGAAGAUUAUCUGCAGGCAAUAGAGGGCGUAAAGAAGAACCUGUUGCAGAAGUCGUCUCCCAGUGGGCUUACCUUUGUUGGUGAGGUCUCACAUGGACAGUUCAGUUCUAAAAUGGACCAUCUUGUGUGUUUUCUUCCAGGAACUCUGGCCCUCGGUGCUUACAAUGGUUUGCCUUCUGAUCAUAUGGAUCUGGCUAAACAACUGAUGGAGACCUGCUACCAGAUGUAUACCCAGAUGGAGACGGGCCUCAGUCCUGAGAUUGUCCACUUUAACAUGCAUCAAGGCAGCACCAGAGACAUUGAUGUAAAGCUUGCAGACAGACACAACCUUCUGCGACCAGAGACUGUGGAGAGUCUCUUCUACCUGUACAGGUUCACAAAGGAUCACAAAUACCAGGACUGGGGCUGGGAGAUUCUCCAAAACUUUAACAGAUACACAAAGGUUCCCUCUGGUGGCUACACAUCCAUUAACAAUGUGUGCGACCCGGACUACCCAAGCCCCCGAGACAAGAUGGACAGCUUCUUCCUGGGAGAGACCCUGAAAUAUUUCUACCUACUUUUCUCAGAUGACUUUAACGUCAUCAGCCUGGACCAAUAUGUCUUCAACACAGAGGCACACCCACUGCCUAUAUGGGCUUCUGCGUGACACAAAUACAAAUAGUGCAAACUUCUCAGGCUUGGACUAACACCAAGAGAAUUCUUUUACAUUCUAUGUCUUGGACUUGUACUGACAAUGACUGAAUCAUUGUCUCUAUGGAGAAGUCCAGUUCAGUUUGUGGCUCUGCCCUGUUUAUUCAUUUGACUGAUAGCCUUUGUUACAACUGAGGAAGGUUCCUGUUCUAAUGAAUACUCAGAUUAGCUUCAACACUGAAUGUGAUUAAGACAGCUUUGAUUUAAGUCACAAUCAUAUGUGGAGGGGCAGCCUCUGCUUGGACUCAUUGCAACUGUAUGAAGACUGACACUGUUUAGUACAGCUUUGCAACAGGCACUAACUAAAAUCACCUUUGAUGUUUCAGAAACGAAGUUCCAAAACAGCUUUGUUGUCAUAAUGUUUACAGACAUUCUGUUCUCAACAGUGGAAAAGUUAGUGUAACAGCUGUUCUGAAUGUCUGCCCUGGAGCUGUGACCCAGUACUAAGAGUGAUGGCAGGUUGCCUUUGUAACAUUCCCUGACAGCAGCUUCCAUCACUGUGAAUUGAAACCUGCGCCACAUGCAGCCUGCCAAGAAGCCACUUCCUCAUCACACCAUGUCAUAAAGUCAGUCAAGUGCUCAGACUUGGACAGUUCUCCGAUAUCCUCACUGUGUGAAUGAGAACAGGAAAUUACAUGCAGCUUUCUAAAGGGUGAGACAUGUUUGGUUUCUGUGCUGCAUUCAUGUUGUAAAGGAAGUGUCACUUAAGGUCAAGGAUAAAGCUUUGCUCAGGAGGUGCUCACACUGCAGCAUGAUUAAUGGAUGCCUGACCAGUUAAGUGCAGAGAAAAGGUGUAUGCAGCUCCACAUUCAACAAUCCAAGCAUUUCUUAUAGGAUUAGGUGAUAUGAUGGCAUAAGCCUAAGGACCAUAUACACAGAUAAAGAGUAGCAACCACAUUGUAACUAUUAGCAACACCAAGCAGGCAUGUACUGUGACACGAGCAAUUGACUUGACUACCAAUAGAAGUAAAGUAUUGAUCGAGUGAUGUGAGGAGAGACUCAAAAGAAUGAAGAAUACUGAGCGAUGGGAACAUUCCCAAAUGUAAAACAUGCUGGUUGAAUAACCAGGAAACAUCAAGUGUGUUUUGGUGUCCUUGCACAUACAGUGCUUAACAAAUUCAUUAGAAUACCUGUCAUAAUAACAAGAAAACAUAUUUUAGAAAUUUGUCAAAAACUUCUUUUAAACUAAAAAUUAUAUUUUUAUUUAUUUGGCAAGUAAACUGAAUUUUUUACCCAAAUUUGAGUCAAACAUAACAUUUAACCAGUAAAAUGAAUUUUUCUGUUCAGGAAUGCAAGUAAAUAACUAAUUUGGCACCUUAAAAAAAAUAAUAAUGUGCUUUACUAUUUUUUUAUACUUCCUUACAGUAUAAAACUAAGUCUUAAAAUUCAUAUAUAACAGUGAUUAUGUUUUAGCAUUAGAAAUAUUUAGAUUAAAGAGUUUGUGCUUGGGCUAACAUUACAAGCAUGAAAAAUUAUUUUGGAUACUGUAGGACAGCUGUGGCAUAAACCUUACAUUGGUGGUCUAAUAAAUUUGUUAAGUACUGUAUGUGGAGAAGGAAACCAAUUGCAAAUUAAAUAAUAAUAAUAAUGAAAAACCUUUGGCAAAAGUCAUUUGAGCAGUCUGUAUCAAUGAUUCUGUAAGUGCAGUUUUUCAUCGCAGGAAUUGCAUUUAUAUAUGGACCUGCUCUGUUUGGGCUGAAAUAACUACCCACUGGCAUAGCCAAGAUGGCUGCUGGGUGACAGUUGUUCAAAUUAAAUCUGUAAUUAGUUUAGUUUAUCAUUUCUUAGUAAAUGAUUGAAUAAAAUGACUGAAAUAUACUAGUAAGAAAAAUGUUAAAAGGUUUUGCAUUGCAGUGAUGCAGUGGGCACUAGAAUUUGCUUUCUAUAUCAAUAAUUUGUAUCCUACAAACUGUCAUGUCAUGUAACCAGCAACUCCAGAUGAGAUAAAUUUAGUGCAGUAAAAAACAUAUUGUCGCCCUCCUAAAAUAAUGGUCAUUUUAUUUAGGUUUUUCAGAAAACACAAAAAACUGAACCAAUUAUUGAAAAUAUGAUUCAGGAAAAAAUAAACUUUUUGUUAAAAAAUGACUUGGGCCAUUAUUUUAGGAGGGUGACAAUGUUUUCUUCUCAAAUAAGUCCAUGUAUAGGUGUGAACUGGCACAAUCAAAUUAUCGCAUAUUGUGCUAUGAGUUGUGUAAUUGUUAACUGUUCAGCUUGCUCAGCUACAUAGAAUUCUUUCUUUUGCUACUAUGUUACAAAUAAGUGAGCCAGCUCCAAAAGUAAAUGUGGCGAAAAAAAAUUAUUUUCUUUAAUUACCGCUUGUAGGAAAAGUGCUUCUAUGAAUGUGUGUGUUUACUGCCAGUACAGCAGCUGUUGCUUUGGGCAGGAUUAUUAAAGAUGGUCAAUCACAUAAGUUUUUUUUUUUUUGGUAACUUGAUCUUAAUUUGCUAAUGGAUUAGGCAGUCAGCAUUCUGGUUAAUUUAUUCAUAAAUUGUCUCCUGGCUCUGAUUUGACAUUAUCAAGUAUCUGCUCCUUGCAUCACUCCCACUGUUCUUGUCACAUUGCCUUAAUCAAAAGCCUUGAAGCAAGUCUAACCACUUUGCACCAUCCUGACAUGCCUCUGGGCAGGUAUUUUGAAGCAUUAACUAAAUUUAAUUUCAACAGUCACUGCUUCAUAAAGACUGCAUGCAUAGAAUUCAAAUCUAAUUUAAAAUGCAAAACAAUAAAAGUACUUAAAAUGUUUAUUGAUUUUACGCCAAAAGAAUUUUUUUGGUGUGGUGGUUAGCACUACUGCCUCACAGUUAGAGUGACAUCUAUAAGGUCUGGGUUCGAUUCCACCUUGGCCCGGGCCUCUCUGUGUGGAGUUUGCAUGUUCUCCUCGUA